CAGCCUGCACUGCUUCCCGCGCCUUCGAAGAUCCCGGCGGCCUGAGUUGCGGUGGCGGGACCAGCGCUCCUUCCGUUCUCCUUGGGGCGCGGGAUGGUUGUCUUGGUUACGGCUGCUUACGGUUCCCUAACCUGAGCGUGGAGGGGCUGCAACCCGACCGGCUGACUGCAGAUGCCUUCGGUUCCCCUAAGUGUCUGAGGUGGUGGCGGGUCCAGCUUUGGUUGUCCAGUAAUUGAAGCUUUGGAGGAGAUUGAAUUAGAAAACUGACCCAUAAUAAUAAAAGAUGUCUCGAAAAAUUUCUAAAGAAUCAAAAAAAGUGAACAUCUCUAGUUCUCUGGAAUCUGAAGAUAUUAGUUUAGAAACAACAAUUCCUACAGAUGAUAUUUCCUCAUCUGAAGAACGAGAAGGUAAAGUCAAAAUCACCAAGCAGCUAAUUGAACGAAAAGAACUGCUUCACAAUAUUCAGUUAUUGAAAAUAGAGUUAUCUCAGAAAAAUAUGAUGAUCGACAAUUUGAAAGUGGAUUAUCUUACAAAGAUUGAAGAAUUAGAGGAGAAACUUAAUGAUGCACUUCACCAGAAGCAGCUACUAACUUUGAGAUUAGACAACCAAUUGACUUUUCAACAGAAGGAUACCAGAAAAUAUCAAGAACUAAUGAAACAAGAAAUGGAAACCAUUUUAUUGAGACAGAAACAACUAGAAGAAACAAAUCAUCAGCUAAGAGAGAAAGCUGGAGAUGUUCGUCGAAACUUGCGUGACUUGCGUGACUUUGAGUUGACAGAAGAGCAAUAUACGAAACUAAAAGCUUUUCCUGAAGAUCAGCUUUCUAUUCCUGAAUAUGUAUCUAUUCGGUUCUAUGAACUGAUGAGUCCAUUAAGAAAGGAAAUCUGUGAACUGCAGGUGAAAAAAAAUGACCUAUUGGAAGAAUUAAGUACAAAUAAAGACAAACUGAAGCAACUGACAGAGACAUAUGAGGAAGAUCGAAGGAACUACUCUGAACUUCAAAUUAGAUGUCAACGUUUGGCCUUAGAAUUAGCAGACACAAAACAAUUAAUUCGGCAAGGUGACUACCGUCAAGAGAACUAUGAUAAAGUCAAGAGUGAACGUGAUGCACUUGAACAAGAAGUACUUGAGCUUAGGAGAAAACAUGAAAUACUUGAAGCCACUCAUCUAACUCAAGCUAAAGAGAGAAGUGAAUUAUCGAAAGAGGUAGUUACCUUACAGCAGACUGUCACUCUGCUGCAGAAGGAUAAAGAAUACCUCAGUCGCCAGAACACAGAGCUCAGUGUGCGCCGAGCCCACGAGGAGGAUCGCCUCGAAAGGCUUCAGCUUCAACUGGAGGAAACCAAGAAGGCCAGGGAAGAGAUGUAUGAGAAAUAUGUAACAUCCAGAGACCAUUAUAAGACAGAAUAUGAAAAUAAACUACAUGAUGAACUGGAACAAAUCAAGUUGAAAACUAAUCAAGAAAUUGAUCAGCUUCGAAGUGCCUCCAGGGAAAUGUAUGAAAGAGAAAACAGAAAUCUUCGAGAAGUGAGGGAUAAUGCUUUGGCUGAAAAGGACCGAGCAGUGAUGGCGGAAAAGGAUGCUUUAGAAAAACAUGAUCAGCUUUUAGACAGGUACAGAGAACUACAACUUAGUACAGAAAGCAAGGUAGCAGAAUUUCUUCAUCAAAGUAAAUUAAAGUCUUUUGAAAGUGAACGUGUUCAACUUCUACAGGAAGAAACUGCAAGGAAUCUCACGCAGUGUCAGUUGGAAUGUGAAAAAUAUCAGAAGAAAUUAGAGAUAUCCAUUUCUGCAAUUUCUCUUUGUUUCAGGGGAGAAUGGCCUACAGAUGUAAAGAUUUUAACUAAAGAAUUUUAUAGUCUCCAAGCCUCUUCUGAAAAACGCAUUACUGAACUUCAAGCACAGAACUCUGAGCAUCAGGCAAGACUGGACAUUUAUGAGAAACUGGAAAAAGAACUUGAUGAAAUAGUAAUGCAGACUGCAGAAAUUGAAAAUGAAGAUGAGGCUGAGAGGAUUCUUUUCUCCUAUGGCUAUGGUGCUAAUGUUCCUACAACAGCCAAAAGGCGACUAAAGCAAAGUGUCCACUUGGCAAGAAGAGUGCUUCAGUUACAAAAACAAAACUCAUUGAUUUUAAAAGAUCUGGAACAUCGAAAGGACCAAGUAACACAGCUUUCACAAGAGCGUGACAGAGCCAAUUCGCUGUUAAACCAGACUGAACAACCUUACAGAUACCUGAUUGAAUCAGUACGUCAGAGAGAUUCUAAGAUUGAUUCGCUGAUGCAGUGUAUAGCACAACUCGAGAAAGAUGUCAGCAAUUUAAAUAAAGAAAAAUCAGCUUUGCUACAGAUGAAGAACCAAAUGGCAUUAGAUUUAGAACAACUUCUAAAUCAUCGUGAGGAAUUGGCAGCAAUGAAGCAGAUUCUCAUUAAUAUGCAUACUAGACACUCCGAGAAUAACUUACUUCUUACUAAAAUGCAAUCGAAAGAUGUGGCAGAGAACCAGACAUCCAAGACUCUGAAUGUGCCUAGAGAACAGGAGGACGGUGUGUUCAUACCCAAGCCAACCCUCUUUGGAAGGGAAAAAGAUAGAAGCCAAAUGAUUGUACAGUGAAACACACUUCUAGACCAUCAGUGUCGUAGACAGACUAAGAAGGAAGCACCCGAAUGGUCUAAGAAGCAGAAGAAGACAGCAGGCUACACUGCGAAGGAGCAGCUCUAGCCCUUACCUGCUAGGCAAGCAUUUCCCACUGAGCCAGUCCACAGUUAAGACCUAGUGGAUUGGAAGUGCUUGCUAUACCAUUUUUUCACUUUUUGGGGGGAGGGGGGGCUAUAUCAUUAUUUAUUCCUGAAGUCCUUUUCCUGAUGGGAAAAAAAUCAUCUUAAUAAUGUACUUUGCCCGGCAUGGUGGUGCUCGUCUGUGAUCCCAGCACUUGGGAGGCUGAGGCAGGAAUGAAUCGCUGUGAGUUCAAGGCCAGCCUGAACAAAGCAAAACCCUGUCUCAAAAAACAACAAAAAAGAGAUACUUGGCAUUUUUUAAAUAAGUAACUUAAUAUUUUAUCUAAUGUUAAAUUAACAAAUUUCAGCAUAAUCAAAAUAUGUAAAGUGCAAAUAAUAUUAUACUUUAUUUUUGGUUUUAUCUAUUUUAUUACAAAAUAAAUAUCUUAGGUCCUAUGACUUACAUUUUGGUAUUUCUGUAAAUAUUAAGUGCUUUUUUUUUUUUUUUUUUUGGUACUGGGGAUCAAACACGGAACCUUGAGGUUAGGAGGCAGGCGGCAGAACCACUGAGCUAAAUCCCAAACCUAUUUCAGUGCAUUUUAUGAGUGUGGCUUAUAAAUAUUUUGAUGACUAAACUUUCUGGACUACAUAAAUUUUGAGUUUAAAUAUCAUAACACAAAUAUCAAGAAAUAUUACUGUGUUUUUAGUUUUUUGAGACAGGGUCUCACUAUAUAGUUCAGGCUGUCAAACUUGCAUCAGUCCUCCUGCCUCAGCCUCCAGAAUGCUGAUAUUACAGACAUGUGCCACCAUACCCAGCUACACCCCAGGUUUUUUGGGGAGGGUUGGGUUUUUUGAGACAAGGUCUCACUAUGUACUUCACACUGGCCUUGAACUCACUACAUACCCGAAGUCUGAUCUCAAACUCAGUGGCCUUCCUGCCUCAGCCUCCCAGAUACUGGGAUUACAGGUGUGGGCAACCACCAAAAAGAUCCCUGAUAGAUGUUUGCUGCGUUGCUUUCCUCUUGGCUACUGUCAACUUCCUCAUGCUUAACUUUACCUAAUCCUCUCCUGGCCAUGUCAUUUUCUUAUUUAGAAAUAAAUUUUAAA